CUUGUGUGGUGCCGUGCAGGUUGCAGCUGCCGUCGUUCUAAUUGGUUCCCCACCAGCACCGAGUCAGCUAUGACGUCACAAAGGAUCGCCGUCCUCUUCAUCGCCGCCAUCUUGAGCGUCUCGCUCACGCCCGCAAUAGCUAAAGAGGACGAGUCGAUCAACUGGUGUAAGGUUGGCGUCACUGUAGUCGGAGGAGUGGGCGCAGUUGCAGUGGCCCCAGUGGCAAUAGGAGCCGCGGGCUUCGGCGCUGGAGGGAUCGCCGCUGGAGGGAUCGCGGCCAAGGCCAUGGCCUUGGCCGCGGCCGCCAACGGAGGUGGUGUGGCGGCCGGAGGGAUCGUGGCCUGGCUGCAGGCCGCCGGAGCGGCUGGGCUGGGUCCUGCAGCUCAGGCUGUCGUGGGGAUAGCCGGGGCAGCCAUCACCAACGUCAUGGCGGAGGUCUCGAACCUGUGUGACAUGAUGUAGAAAGGAGGAGGAGGAGGGCAGCGAGAGGGCGGGGGGGGGGUGU